AUGUCACCGACCCCCAGCGACGACGUGCGCUCGUCGUACGCGGCGCUGCACGGCGGCGCCGCCCCCGACGUGAGCGCCGCCGACUUUGCAUUUGCGGGCCACGCGGUGCUGGCCACGCUGCUGGUGUCCUGGCAGUACGUCACCAUGCGCCGCCCGGAGGACAGCGGCCUCAGCCCCCUCGCGGCCGCGGCUUGCGGCGCCGCGGCGCUGGCGUGCUGCGGGGCCGUGGCCCAGAUCGGCGCGACGUGCGACGUGUACGACUGCGCGUCGUGGAUGCCGCUGCUGCUGCUGCUGGGCAGCAUCAAGGUCUGCUGCACCAUGGUCAAGUACACGCCCCAGGUGCUGCACAACCACCAGCGCCGCUCCACCGGGGGCUGGAGCCUCACCAACGUGCUGCUGGACCUGGCGGGCGGCUCCCUCAGCUUUGGCCAGGUGCUGUUUGACGCGGCGGCGCGCCACGACAUGUCGGUCAUUGCGGGAAACCCCGCAAAGCUCUGGAUCGCGGCCCUCAGCAUAGGGUAUGAUGUCAUCUUUGUCCUGCAGCACUACGUGCUCUACAAGGACGACAGUCCGACGUCCACCUCGCCACCUGGCGCCGGCGCCGGCGAGGCCGGCCGCGCCGGCGGCGCGCAAGCGCAGGUGGUCGCGACCGUGCCGGUCGCGGCGGAGCGCGGACGCGAGCAGCCGCGGCGCCGCUCCGGCGUCAGGGCGUUUGCGGAGCGUGUGCGCACCACAGUCAAGGGUGCCAAACCGCAGCCCUGA